ACGCGUCAAAACCGAGUACGACUUAUUCUUUACGCCUCACAUAAAACCCAUUAACAAGAUUUCCUAUAAAUCAUCUCCUAUACAUCUGAAAGUCAACAACUUUGUAUCAUCUUUCUGCUCUCCUCUCUCCUUAAUCCUUAUAUAUCUCUUCAUCUGUUUUAUACCAUAAUCUCACCAUCCUUGCAAUUUGUAGAAUUUUUUUUUAUAAAAAAAAAUGGUUUUGAAAACCUUGGAACUCACUCUGAUCUCUGCAAAAGAUCUCAAGAAUGUCAAUCUUAUAGGCAAGAUGGAUGUAUAUGUGGUGGUUCAUCUGUCUGAUGAUCCUAAAAACAAGCAAAAAACUCCGGUUCAUCAAGAUGGUGGGACGAAUCCGUCAUGGAAUUAUGUGAUGAGGUUUACUGUCGAUGAUGCUGUUGCUGCCAAGCCUGGCAAAUAUGUUGUAUUAACUCUGAAGCAUGAGACUACCCUUGGUGCUGAUAAAGAUUUGGGGGAAGUUCUUUUACCCCUUAAAGAGUUGUUAGAGGGCGUUAAAGAUCCUAGUUCUCCUCAAUUUGUGACUUAUCAGGUUAAAAGGGUUUCAUCAGGCAAGGCUCAAGGUGAAAUUAAGCUAUCAUAUAAGUUUAUUGACAUGGGUCAUAUUAAUAAUAACAUGGGGGGUGUAUAUGAUAAACCUGCUCAAUCAUCUAGCAGUUCUACAUCCACACCAUACCCACCACAUGCAUACCCUCCUCCACCUGGUGUUGGAGGAUAUGGUGAUGUGUACCCGCCUCCGCAUGCGGCAGGUUCUGUCUACCCACCUCCACAUUCGGCAGGUUCUGUCUAUCCACCUCCUCAGAAGUCUGAGGCAUCACAAGCAGCAGUAGGGGUGCCUUAUGGUAUACCAGAAGGGUACCCUCCGCAAUCACAUGGGACAGGGUACCCUCCACAAACACACGGGACAGGGUACCCUCCUCAAUCACACGGGACAGGUUACCCUCCUCAAUCAUCACAUGGGAUUCCAUAUGCAGCAGGAGGAAGUGCACAUGGGUACCCUCCAUAUGGAGGGUACCCUCCCCAACAGCCUGCUGGUGGGUACGGGUAUGGGUACCCUCCACCUGGUGGGUACCCACCUCACGCUCAAACCGGUUAUGCGCAAAAGCCACAGAAGCCAAAGAAGAACAACAAGAUGGGAAUGGGAUUGGGAGCUGGACUCUUAGGAGGAGCUCUUGGUGGACUUGUUCUUGGAGAGAUGAUGGAUGAUGCAUUUGAUGUUGAUUGUGAUUUCUGAAUAUGGUUCAGCUCCUGUUUUUCUUUCAUCUUUUCAUAAUCUAUCUUUAUAUGUUUUACUUUCAAUUGGGGUUUUUUUUUCUUCUUUUGUUUUUUGUUAAUAAUUUUGAAGUUAUAUCUAGUUAUGUCGUUGUAAAGAAUUGGUUUGCAGAUGUUUGGUCCAAACUUGACACUAAUUAAUUAACUCCUACUUAGGUUUUUUUU